AUUCGCCACAGCUCACCAGCAGCACAACCUCUCACUGUCAGCUUCUGUAAUCUGAGGUCAACCGAUCAGCUCCAUCCAUCCAUCCGGUUCCGAUCAUGGCAGCCAGCAGCAACAAGGCGGCGUCUCUCGCGCUCUUCCUGGUGGCGCUCGCGGUGUCGAGCGCCGUGCUGGUGAGCCUGGCGCCGGGCGCGUGCGCGGCGACGACGACGUGCACCCCGACGCAGCUGACCCCGUGCGCGCCGGCCAUCAUCGGGAACGCGGCGCCCACGGCGGCGUGCUGCGCGAGGCUCAAGGCGCACCCGGCGAGCUGCUUCUGCCAGUACAAGAAGAACCCCAACAUGCAGCGCUACGUCAACUCCCCCAACGGCAAGAAGGUCUUCGCCACCUGCAAGGUGCCCCUGCCCAGGUGCUGAGCGCCCGACGAUCCGAUCGAGCUCGCGUUCUCGAUCGACGCCGUGCGCGCGCUCCCGUGCGAGUGCACCGACGAUGCCAUGGCUCGCUGGUGCUAUCCGCUAUACUAAUAAAAGAGCAGUGAUCUGCUUAGAGUUCGUACGUAAUACUUACUGAGAAUAAAUUGAGACGUAAUAGUGCUUGGGUACUUGGUACGUUGUGAGUUCUGCUGCGUGCAGACCGCAGACUUGAUGUAUCGUUUAUGUAUGCACACUUUUUAUAUAUGCAGUAUUUGUAUGAGCUUCUAUGAA